AUGGCAUCGCGAAUGCUGUCAGGAAUUUUGGUGGAGACGAGUGAUAGUGAUGCUGAGAGGAUACUCAGUACCAGCACAUUUCGGGAUUUGUUCACUGCCUCCUUCACUGCUUUAAGCGAAAAAGUUGGCGAGCCAGGCCCUCUUCUCCGAGCUGUGACUGCAAACACAACAGCGUUGUCGCCUGCUUGCACUGUUUCUCCUGAUACCUCUAUCGCAAAAGUGAUCCGGAAGAUGAUCGACAAACAAACAAGACGCGUUAUUAUCAAGCGCCAAGACGGUUUAAUGGUGGGGGCUGUGCGAGCCUCUGACAUCUUGAGGAUGCUCCUUCGCGCACAGCACACGCCACUGCGCUAA